AUGGCAUCACCCUCACAAGGAAGUGUGACCUCAGAGGUUCAGGAUGCACAUUACUCUCCGCCAUGGGCUGACAUGAGCAUCAUUGGGGUGGCCGGUUCUUCAGGAUCUGGAAAGACAAGCUUAGCAGUGGAGAUCGUCGAGUCUUUGAAUCUGCCUUGGGUCAUCAUUCUCUCCAUCGACUCGUUCUACAAAUCCUUGACACCGGAGGAAAAUGCACUGGCACAUCAGAACAACUAUGAUCUUGACUCACCGAGCUCCAUCGACUUCGACCUUUUGGUGGAAAAACUGCAUGACUUGAAACAAGGGAAGAGGACUGACAUUCCGAUUUAUUCUUUCCAGCAACAUCAGAGGCUCGAUAAGACUCUUUCGAUAUAUUCUCCACAUGUGAUCAUACUGGAGGGUAUCCUGGCAUUGAACGAUCCUAGGGUCCUGGAUUUACUCGACAUGAAAAUCUACGUCGAAGCGGAUGCAGAUUUAUGUCUGUCACGCCGGAUUGUCCGCGAUGUCAGAGAGCGAGGUCGAACUAUCGAGGGGGUCAUCAAGCAAUGGUUCAAAUAUGUCAAGCCGGUCUUCCAACGUUACGUCGAACCUCAAAGGGAGGUUGCCGAUCUUAUUGUUCCUAGAGGGAUGCAGAAUAAGAUGGCCAUACAGAUGAUUGUCAAUCAACUACGGCAGACUCUCAAGGAGAAGUCCUUCAAGCACAACGCGGCAUUGGAAAGGCUAGGCCAGCAAGUUGACGAUUACACUCUUUCGGAAAAUGCUAUCAUUCUGGAGGGAAAGCCACAGAUAACGGGAGUUUCCACGAUACUACGAAAUCCCGUAACAUCCCAGGUUGAUUUCAUUUUCUACUUCGAUCGACUGACAGCUUUGCUGAUCGAAAAAGCACUUGAUUGCCACAACUAUGUUUCUUCCGAAGUAACCACCACUCAAGGUUACAAAUAUACGGGCCUGAAGUCGGCUGGAAAGGUGUCUGCGGUUGUCAUACUCCGAGGAGGAAGCUGUAUGGAGACUGGCCUCAAGCGGACGAUUCCUGAUUGCUUGACGGGUCGACUGCUGAUCCAGUCCAACUAUCGAAGUGGUGAACCGGAGCUACACUAUCUAAAGCUAUUCCCAGACAUUGCCGAGCAUGAAACCGUGAUGCUCUUGGAUCCGCAAAUGUCGAGUGGUGGUGCUGCUCUGAUGGCCGUCAAAAUCCUCGUGGAUCAUGGUGUCGCCGAGAAGAAAAUUGUCUUCGUCACCUGCCUGGCAGGUCGACGAGGUCUAAAGAGACUGAUGACUGUGUUCCCGAAGAUUAAAGUGGUUGCUGCAAAUAUGACCGAAGAUGGUGCCAAGAGAUGGGUCGAGGAGCGGUAUCUGGGCUGUUGA